AUGGCAGCAGAACACGGGUUGCGGAAUCUGCCUCGUCUGCUGGGGAUAGUAUUGCUCGUGUUCGCCGUGCAGUUCGCGUUGCUUUCGUUCUACUUUGGCGUCAAGUUCGAAGGCAUUCACGGGCAGAUCUUCCAGACGUCAAACAACGAUGACUCGACAGACGACGACCCGUCCCUCGACACGCAUGCGCCACAAAACGCGAAAACGGAGUCGUCCUUUCGCCGUGCGAUUGUCGUGUACUUCCCCCAAGACCAGCAGGAUGCCCUCCUUCCACCGUUCCUCGCUCUUCGCGCGAGUUGGCUGGACUUGUCCGUCCACGAACCGCCGAAAUGGCGCACUGACCUUGUCGUGUACACCACCGCAGCUGCCGCGCACCCAACUGCUUCUGAGUCUCCCUUGCUCUCUAUGUUGGACGCUCUCGGAUGCAAAACGACUCGCCGACGGGCCAACGACGAACCAAACCGAUGUGUUGUCGUUCCAUCGUACGUUCCCGUCUCGUCCAAAGACACAUCCGUGGAUUCCAUGCACAUCGCCGCCAUGCCGCGCAUGAAUACAUACCAAUGGAUUCUACGCACCGACAUGCAUGCGUUGAUCACACCUGCAUUUGCGUGGUGGAAGCCUUCCGCGAUGACGGUAAGUCAAGGAUUGUAUCCGUCAGGGUCUCGCGACGCCCUGGCGCGCGUGGCGCGCGAGAACCUUCAUAUUGCGACCAUUCCCCAUACGUCUGUCGGUGUGACGUGGUAUGGCCCGACGAAACUUGUCCAGUCCUGCGCCGCACAAGCCGUCGACUUUAUGACGAACGUCGUGCCUCGCCAUCCCGACCUCCAACAACUCGUCAAUCGUUCUUCUCACGACGAUCCCCUUCGCCUGUUUGGCGCAUAUGUGGCCCUGAACAACUGCACGAAAGGGUUUGCCCUUGACGUUCGAGGCGACAUGCUCGAAGUCGCCGCGACGUCGACCGAGUCGACCGCAAAUCACGCGCAUAUUAUCGCGAAAGUGAGCUCCUCUAUCGUGACAGAACGCGCUGGGUUGAGGAAGGACGUGCUUGACGAGUAUGCGCUGUUCAUGGCUAUCCAGGGUAGCAAGGCCAUGGCGAAUCUUACCAUGGCCAUCGCUUCUCCCGCAAACGCGACUGCCGCUUCCACGACCGACGCCCCCACUACAUCCUCGCCAACAACGAGUGUCCCUGCCACGACCGUAGCAGCAGUGGCGGCAGUUGCGUCGACGAGUGCGGCCACGGGCACAACAACAACGGCAGCACCUUCCGCAACAACCACGUCAUCGCCGACGUUCGUGCGAGCUGCUGUUGUGUUUAUUCCCGAAGGCGCGGAAGGAUCUCGAUUUGUCCAGCAACUGCGGUGGUUUCGCCGAAGCUGGCAGCACAUGGCGUUGUCAGAACCAGCGACAUGGCGCACGGACAUCGUCGUCUACAUCAACGGGUCCGUCCCCGAACUCGCCUCGUUGAAUUGCUCGGAAGCGAACGUUCGACAGAGUCGCGACGCCCCCAACGCGUGCGUCGUGGUGGCAUCGUACUCGCGACUAAAGUCGGCCGACUUCAACUACUCGUUUGGCGACUCGAUCAACAUUGUGGCCGCGACGGACAUCCCAGCGAUGCAGCACUACGACUGGUUGCUCCGCACGGACGUCGACACGUUCCUCACACCGGCGUUCUCGACAUGGAAACCAGAAAAGAUGACUGUUGGUCGCGGCGGGUACACGUUCUCCGAGUCGAAUGCGGCCCGGUAA